AUGUCGUUAACGAACAUUUAUCACCUGCGGCGGGUUGCAGAUACCUCUUCGAAGGCAUGCUUGAUCUGCUACAAGCCGUCAACCAGCGUUCUCAUCACGCCCGAUAACAAGGACUUCUUCUACGUGUGCCCCGCACAUCUCCAAGACCGCCACUUUUGCUCAGCGAUAGUCGACACAGAUGGUGAAGCAGCGCGCGAAAAGGAGAAGAAAAUGGCGGAGGAAAUCGAGAAGGUAAAAAAAGAAUACGAGGAGAAGCAGAAGCGGAAAAAGGAAAAGAAGUCCGACAAGGACGAGAAGGACAAGGAUAAAGAGAAAGAUGAGAAGAAAGGGGAUUCCAAGGACUCAAACUCCAACGACGAAAAAGAGAGAGACGAUAAGAUCGAUUCAAUCAAGAAAGGGGAUUCGGAAUCAAAAACAGAUAAUUCUCCGCGGGUAUUCGCUUUGCAUAAAACCUUUUAUCAAAUGCGGAUCGAUAGAUUACGAGGCAUCGAGAUGGCCAAACGUAACCAAGAAAGGAUGAAGAAACCGUCUCUUUUCCCAUCUGUUCCUAAGAAAGAGCUUUAA